AUGCUCUUCAAGUACAUAGCUGUCUUUGCCGUAGGGAUUUCUGCUACCUUGGCUCAGACAAUCGAGCUAGGGUUCCCCCAGAAUGGGGACAACUUCUGUCCCGGUCAAGAAGUAGUCGUUCAAGCCAUUCAACCGGAAUCCUUGGCAUCUUGCAUUCAGGUUGGCAUUGCCUUAGCAAUCGAUGACUGCGUGAACGGCUCGUGCCCCGAUCCUGCAGAGGCGUUAGGAUCUGUUCUCUAUGCAGGUUCCUGGACACCUGAGAACCACCCUCCUGGCGGUUUCUACCAGAACUUUACCGUCACUAUCCCGUCUUACCUUGCAGAGGGUCCUGCUAUCUUUACACUUACGCACUUGUGUCUCCUUGGGGCGGCUCCAUAUCCGUUCCUUGAAUAUCGCAACGCGACGGUGAACAUUGUGUGA